CAUUAAUGAAGUGGGCCAGUUGGAGUUGGAUCACAGUUCAAUAACACUCUGAGCACACAGACUUUGGACCGGCUCGGGCUCUCGGGCUCUCGGGGUGUCUGGAUCUCGGUAUAUAAACCGUUCAGCCGUCUCCUGGAUCAGUGUCUUCACAGAUACCAGAGGGUGCAUUUGGCUUUUUGAUUUGUGUCUCAGGAUGAAAGUCUUAAAGGGAGCGCUGCUGCUGCUGCUGCUAGCUGUUGCUAACGCGAAGCCGGACCCCGAUCAAUGCCAGGUCCUGAAGAUGCUCGCCGAAGACAACCUGCAGCCGGUUUUGGGGGACUGGGUUCUGGUCUGGUCGGUGUGGGACCACCAAGAGGGUCGGGACAUCCUGAGGAACCUCAGCAGCUCCCGAGUAGAGAUGAGACUUCAGGAGGACAGUCAGACCCUGAUGUUCAGCGAGAGGAACCGCUUCAGUGACAAGUUCAUCAACUACUACAUCAACAUAUCCAUGGAGCUCCUGCACAACCCCAACCAAGCAAUGCACCCCAUCGAAGGCAAGAUGGAGGUUGAUGGAGUCCUCGUUCCCUACAAUGAAACCGGGUAUGUGAAUUUCUACGAGACGUGUCCAAACUGCAUGAGGAUUGUGUUCAAGAUCUCGAGGGGGGUGUUCGUGCUGAACUACAGGAAGGAGGGUCACCAUCAGGAUGUGGAUCACAUGAAAGCCGAUCACGAUAAUCACAGGAAAAUGGCCGAGUGUUUGGGAAUCGAUGACGACCAGCCGUACAUCUACGAUGGAGUCGCAGAUGCCCCUCAAAUGAAGCGACAGCAAACCAACUGUCCCCUCCUUCUGGUUCUCCUUCGACGGCCGCUGCUACAAGUACAUCGGCACACAUACGACCUGGGCUCAUGCAGAGCUCUACUGUGUGUCCCAGGGAGGCAACCUGGUGUCUAUCCACAGUCAAGGGGAAGAGGAUUUUGUCAAAACCCUGAUCAAAAGCUCUGACCCUGCUGAGGGACCAACAUGGAUCGGACUCAGUGACGUCCACGAACAAAGAAGAUGGAUGUGGUCUGAUGGGUCUGCAGCCAACUUUUUCUUUUGGAAUCAAGGAGAACCAAACAACAAAGGAGGUGAACACUGUGUGCACACCAACUGGUCAGGGCCAAAGAAGUGGAAUGAUAAGAAGUGUUCAGAUACUUUCCCCUCAGUUUGUGCAUCUCGCAGCUGAGAUGCUACGUGUUCACCUGUUUUGUUAACUUGAUAACAAUAAAGACACAGAUGUGAACUU